UGGCCCAGGACGCAAUGUGACACUUGUCUAACCUGUUCAAGAAUACGUCCCACUCGUCAGAUCAGCUAGUAGAGGAGGAGUAGUCAACAGUCACCGUUAAAGACAAGAACAACAAUUCCACACUCUCACAGUUGCCUGUGCCGACCUGACAUCAACUACUGGAACUCUGCUAAUAUUUGCUCUGAACUAUGACUGAGGCCGAGUUAUGCACAGUUUACAAAGGGAUCUCUAUCCCUACAUCUCAACACACUCCGCAGAGCCUGAAAUACUUUGAGGAGUUUUCUUUUCGGCCAGAUGACAUCAUCAUUGCAACGUAUCCCAAGUCAGGUACGACUUGGACGCAGGAGAUUGUCCCUUUGAUAGUCAGUGGAGGAGAUCCAGCUUCUGUUGAGACUCUUCCUAACUGGAAGCGUGCUCCCUGGCUGGAGAAGACCUUAAACGUUACCCUUGAAGAGAGGCCGUCUCCACGACUGUCAACUACACAUAUGUGGUACAACAUGAUGCCUCCAUCUUUCUUUGAAGUUAAGCCAAAGGUCAUCAAUGUCGUGAGAAACCCAAGAGAUGUGUUAACAUCUUCCUUUCAUUAUUAUGGGAUGGCCGCCCACUUGAUCAACCCAGGCUCCAAGAGCGAGUUCCUCCACAAGUUCCUUGAUGGAAAAGAUUUUUUAUUUGGCACAUGGUUUGAUCACGUAAAGAGCUGGCUGAAUGCUGAAGAUAAAGAGCACGUGAUGCACAUCUCCUAUGAAGAGAUGUUAAUGGACCUGAAGGGCUCUGUGGCCAGAAUCGCUCAGUUCUUGCAGAAACCUCUGGAUGCUGAGGUUAUAGAGAAGAUAGCCGACCAAUGUUUGUUCAAGAACAUGAAGAAGAACAACAUGUCCAACUACUCUACUAUGCCUGAAUCUGUGGUCAUGGACCAGACAAAGUCAGAAUUUCUCAGGAAGGGACUUUCUGGAGACUGGAAAAACUAUCUAACAGUGGCAGAGGCAGAGUACUUUGAUGCUGUUUACAAAGACAAAAUGAAAGACGUUGAAUAUAAAUUUGUUUGGGAUUAAAAUGAAUGAAAAUACUUUUUUCAUAACAUUCUCAGGUUUUCGUACCUGACAGACACUUAAUGCUGACGAGCUAGACAAUGGAUCUUUAACCUUUAACCAAGAGGCUAGAGAAGGAUCGUUUUUUCUAAUAACAACAAAUCAAAUACAUUUCAUUAGUAGUUGCUUUAUUUCCUUUUACAAGAUUAUUAUGAAUUCUCUUCUUUUAUUGAGCCAAGGGUAUUUUAGUCCCAGUUAUGAUUUUAUUCCUCACAUAUAAUCCCAUGUUUUGUGCUCAUUUAAAUGGUGGUAACAAGUAAUUGAUUUGAUUAAUUUAUCAACAUGUAAUCUUCUUUGCUUUACAUUCACUGAAUGAUAAAUACUGUCGUAUGUAACAAAAUGGA